AUGUGCCCAGAGGGUAGCAGCAAGAAAGCAGCCCUGGCCUCGCCGAGCAGCCAUGGACCCCGUGGGGACAACAGUUUUUCCGCUGGCUUCCCGGCAGAUCCCCCGAUGCCCCCGGGCCCUUUGACUCACCUGAGCCUGCCCGACAGCUCGGAGGCGCGACUACAGAGCGACGGGCCGAGCCUCCUGGGGAGUUGGACGAGGUCACCCCCAGAGCAUGCCACCAUCCUAAGGGAAGGAGUGCGUGCAUGCCUGCAGCGAAGAUGUGAGCAGACUGUGUGGAUCCUGCAUGCCAAGGUGGCUCAGAAAUCCUAUGGGAGUGAGAAACGGUUCUUCUGCCCUCCACCCUGUGUCUACCUGGCUGGUCCCGGCUGGAGGGUGAAGCCAAUACAAGACCAAGCCCCCCAGUCUGCGGAGGCCGGGCCCGUAGUCUGCGGCUACAUGGGACUGGACGGCGCGUCCGGCAGCGCUCCUGAGACGCAAAAGUUGAAUUUCGAAGAGCAGUCAGACUCCAGGGAAUUUGGUUGUGCCAAGACCCUGUACAUCUCCGACGCCGACAAGAGGAAGCACUUCCGUUUGGUGCUGCGACUCGUGCUGCGUGGAGGCCAGGAGCUGGGCACCUUCUACAGUCGCCUCAUCAAGGUGAUCUCCAAGCCCUCACAGAAGAAGCAGUCGCUGAAAAACACAGACCUGUGCAUCUCCUCCGGCUCAAAGAUCUCCCUUUUCAACCGCCUGCGCUCGCAGACAGUGUCCACCCGAUACCUCUCUGUAGAAGAUGGGGCCUUUGUGGCCAGUGCAAAACAAUGGGCUGCCUUCACGCUCCACCUAGCUGAUGACCAAUGUUCCCAAGGGGACUUCCCACCUCAGGAAGGUUACAUCCGAUAUGGCUCCCUGGUGCGGCUUGUCUGCACAGUCACAGGCAUCACGCUGCCUCCUAUGAUCAUCCGCAAAGUAGCCAAACAGUGUGCCCUCCUCGACGUGGACGAACCCAUAUCCCAGCUGCACAAGUGUGCAUUCCAGUUUCCGGGCAACACUCCAGGAGGGGGUGGCACCUACUUAUGCCUGGCCACAGAGAAGGUGGUGCAAUUCCAGGCUUCCCUCUGCCCUAAGGAGGCCAACAGAGCGCUGCUCAACGACAGCUCCUGCUGGACCAUUAUCGGUACAGAGUCGGUGGAAUUCUCCUUCAGCACCAGCCUAGCCUGUACCCGAGAGCCUGUCACUCCAGUGCCCCUCAUUAGCACUCUGGAGCUGAGCGGCGGAGGUGACGUGGCCACACUGGAGCUUCACGGAGAAAAUUUCCACGCUGGGCUCAAGGUGUGGUUCGGAGAUGUGGAGGCAGAAACCAUGUACAGGAGCCCGCGGUCCUUGGUGUGCGUGGUGCCAGACGUGGCGGCGUUCGGCAGCGACUGGCGUUGGCUGCGCACUCCCAUCACCGUGCCGGUGAGCCUGCUGCGCGGGGAUGCGCUCUUCUAUCCCAGCGCCUUCUCCUUCACCUACACCCCGGAAUACAGCACGCGGCCGCGGCCGCCCGACACUCGCGAGCCCGCCCCUGACGCAGACGCGCUUCUCGAGAGCAUUCACCACGAGUUCACACGCACCAACUUCCACCUCUUCUGCCCCAGCUAG